UGUCCUACAAUAGCUGCGCCGGCGUUCAGUGUCGCGUCGCCGUCCGCAUGCCCACCACGCGCCGCAUCCGCACCUUGCGGUGGUUCCGUACGCGCCGCUCCCCAAACCCCGAAGAGCUCGAUGACGUCCGACCAAGAACCUUACCGCGCCGCGACAUGGACCGCCGGCCCCGUGUCGCCAGGGUCCUCAGCUCACCGGCACGCGCCCAGCAUCAGACCAAUCCGCCCCUCGAUGAGGAGUCUCUCGAACGCGCGUACCCCUCCAUGGGUCACCUUGAAUACGUCCUCGCUGGCUCUCCGCCACCCGCCGAGAGUGCCCCCAAUAUGUACGACAGCUUCGAGGAACCACCCCUGGAUCUAACUGCGCACAUAUGCGGCGACUCGCUACGUCAAAGCGCACACGAACAAAUGAGAGCAGUCGGUGGAAGAUUGCGACUAUUAGACGAAUUGGAAAACGGCGUUAUAACGGCUGAGACGGCAGCGGACACUUUUUCAUCAGCUUCGGAAGCGGAGAGGAAUGUUUGCUUAUUUUGGACGGCGUUUCUCAAGCUUCAUAACCUCUUGCCUCCUUUGUUGGACGCCGGCGCAGACCCGUUAUACUAUGACACGCUUGGACUGUCGCCGUUACACGUCGCAGCAUUCAGUGGAUCAACGGAAUGUGCAAAUUAUCUAUUAUCUCGAGGAGUUGACCCCAAUUACAUGCCCAGAUGCUUCGUGCCUCUCCAUUGCGCCGCCUUCGGCAACUCAGUGCAAGUAGCUAAUUUACUUAUCAGCAAUGGCGCUUCAGUUCAUGCGGCAGUGAAAUAUGUCAACUGUGAAGGUGGUUUGCUUCAUUGCUCUGUCAGAGCUAACUCAGUGGAAUGUUUAAAGCUGUUUAUAUCUCACGGUGUCGAUGUAAAUUUGAUUGAACCGGGUGGUACCAAUGCUAUUCAUUUAGCUGCUGAUUUGGGUAUGAUACAAUGUUUGACGAUACUUUUAGACACACCUGGAGCUGACCCGAAUGUGAGAACGAGGGUGGGAGAUCGUGAAUCAACCGCAUUACACCUGGCUGCCGAUGGAGGUUUUAUUGAAUGUGUCGAUUUAUUGUUAGCAAAAGGCGCCGACGCAACUUUAAAAAAUCAUAGAGGAUUCACAGCUUUACAUUUAGCUGCUCGUUCAUCAAGCUUGGAAUGCGUGGAAGCUUUACUUCGAAAAGGGCACGCGGAACCUAACGCCAAGGAUUUUGAUAUGAGAACUCCCCUUCAUGCUGCUAUUGGAAAAUCGGACAGUGCUUGCGAUAUAAUCGAAACCUUGAUAAGUUGGGGAGCAAAUGUAAAUCAAAAGGACGAAUACGGCUUUACGCCAUUGCACUUGGCCGCUCUUGAUGGGCUGUCUGCCUGUGUAGAGACAUUAAUUUAUCACGGCGCUGAUGUAACGACGAGAUCUAAAAAAGGAAAUUCGGCUCUUAACGUAAUUGCACGAAAAACGCCCGCGUCUCUUGCAAUGAUAACAAGAAAAUUGGAUUGCGCUAUUACUCUGCAUCAUUCUCAAACAAGCAACAGAGAAGUGGAACUUGAGUUAGAUUUUAGAAGCAUCCUUCAACAUUGCUAUCCACGAGAAAUAAGCUAUCUGAACACAUUCGUCGACGAAGGGCAAAAAGAAUUUCUCCUUCAUCCUCUAUGUUCAGCUUUUUUAUAUAUAAAGUGGGAGAAAAUACGUAAAUAUUAUGUUGCCAGACUAUUUUUAAGUUUCAUUUUUGUUCUUUGUCUCACAUUAUACGUACUAACCGCUCUUGCGCAUAACUGUUAUAAUGGCAGUAAAGACAUGGAGGAAACUAUACAAGAACAAGAAUUAUGCCAAAAACAGUCAAUACUUGGAGAUUUAUUGAGAAAAAAUCCUUUUGUCAUAGAAAUGCAGUGGUGGGUGUUGGCUGGAAUUACAAUUUUUGAGAUAUUUCGAAAAGUAUACGGUAUAGCCGGUUAUUCUACAGUGAAACAAUAUUUAACUCAAUCUGAGAAUAUAAUCGAAUGGUUUGUGAUUGUGAGCGUUUUCCUAAUAUCUUACAUAUACACAAAUAUUACGUAUACAUGGCAAAAUCAUGUCGGUGCAUUUGCCGUACUCGCCGGAUGGACUAAUUUAAUGAUGAUGAUCGGUCAACUACCAGUUUUCGGAACUUAUGUAGCCAUGUACCAAAAGGUACAGAAAGAAUUCGCAAAACUACUAAUGGCAUACUCCUGCAUCCUGAUCGGUUUCACAAUAAGCUUCUGCGUCAUAUUUCCUGAUUCGUCAUCAUUCGCUAAUCCGUUUAUGGGUUUUAUAACAGUUCUGACAAUGAUGAUUGGGGAAUUGAACUUGGAUUUACUAUUGAACGAGCCGGAUGGCAACGAUCCGCCUGUACUUUUAGAAUUCUCCGCUCAAAUAACUUACGUACUGUUUCUUAUGUUUGUUACGGUCGUACUCAUGAAUUUGCUCGUCGGCAUAGCAGUUCAUGAUAUUCAAGGUUUGAGGAAAACCGCAGGCCUUUCUAAACUAGUUCGUCAGACGAAACUAAUAUCAUAUAUGGAGUUGGCUCUCUUCAAUGGAUACCUACCGAAAUGCUUGCUAAAAAUAUUACAUUCGUCAGCGCUUGUCUCCCCACAAGCGUAUAGAGUGGUACUCAGCGUCAAGCCGUUGAAUCCGAGUGAGAAGCGAUUGCCUAGGGACAUAAUGAUGGCAGCAUACGAUAUAGCGAAAAUGAGAAAGCAGUAUGGGCACACAAUUUCAUCUAGUGGGUCGACAACAGGCGCGUAUUCCUGUUUCAAGAAAUACGAACACCAUAACGAUUCGGGUUACCGAGAAUACGGAUACUCAUCGACUUUAGGAAGUCUCCAGGCAAGGUUGGACGAGACGUCGGAAAAUGUGCGCCAACUGACUCAGGAAGUGAGGGAAUUAAAGAAGUUAAUAAGUGCACAGCAGCUCGUGAUACAACAAGCACUGGCCGGCGCGAUGGACAACCGUUGAUGAUAUAAUGGUCGACGGAAUCAUUUAGUUUCAAUGCCAACGGUACACAAGUCAAUAAACUAUAGCGAGCAUGCAUUGUCGAACAUUUGUACUCGUUUAAAACCUAUUGUGGACGGUGCGGACUUAAAAUUCUGAGCGGUGAUAUUUUUUGCUUUACAUUUGUAUAGAUAUCUAAGGAAUUAAGUUUAUAUAAAAUAUUAUAUUAAAGGAACAUUAUUCUGUAACUAUUGUUUAGUGACGCAGGACGUUCUAAAUACUAAUUGUAUUUAUGUAAUGUUUCCUUCUAUUGUGAUCUGAUUAAAUGACAUGACAUUAA